UGUGGCUUUGAUACAAAAACAAUGAAACAAAAUUGAGUUUCUCAGGUGUAUGCUGUAUUUCUACUGAUGGAAAGAGAGUCUAAACAUCAGAUCCUUGCUCAUGAGUGUCCUGACCAUGCUCAAUGAUAAGCCAACUGCUGGCAUAAGCACUAACGUCUGUGAAUGUUAUUGUUGAGGACCUCAAGGAUGUCUGGGGCUUGGUACAUGAUGUCCCUGUGACACUCAAUAAUAGGAGGACAGAGGAGCAGCUAUAACUCCAAAAGAGAAAGGAGGAGAACAGGAAACAUUGCAUUCUCCUGUUGAAGACCCCUCAGAUCUAAGACAAUGAUCAACUGGCGUUUUUAUCUCUGCUGCUGCAUGUAUGUAUGUGCUCUUCUCCAUGUUCCUGCAGCUUCCAUCUCUAACAUAUCCAUCAAGGAUCAGCUCCCAACUGGUAUUCAAGAUCAGGAACACAUGGAUGGGGAUUCACCGUUUCUUCAGUUAAGAGCCAGUCUGCCUUCUUAUUCACAGCCACUUCGCCCAUACACCUUAGUGACCACUGCAGAGGACUUCACCUACAUGUCCAAACCCAGGCAUUACCGCCCCUCACAUCUACUUCGUGUUCUCGGAUCCUCUUUUGACCCAUUCUGGAUGUCUAUUGAUCAGCCGUCUGAAGGCUCUGUGGUGUGCACAGACAAAGGCAACUGUGAUGCUGUGUCAAGAGGCGACUCCCUACCUGUCAAAAUAAACUUAACCAUUUCCAGAGAGGACGUCAACCUGAGUACGUCUGCAGUGCUGAGGGAGGCUGGAGAAAACCAAAUGCAGGGGUUGGCGAGGGAAGCUGCAGAUGUGGACCUGGGUUUUCUGCCUCCAGAUGUUGCCAGAUCAGUCCAAGCUUGGCUGGUGCACUCAGCCACAUGUGGAUUGCGUUCCCAGUGGGUGGAUCUGGGCCCAGCGUUCUGGCCACGUUGGCUGCGGCAGACCGACUGUGACAAGUCAGAUGGAGUGCGAAGUUGCUCCUUUCCCAGUGGCAUGGCGUGCAUGAGAGCUCAGACAACACAUAUUAAGAUUCUGGCUUGGCAUUGCUUGAAAGUGAAUGAAUCUAAGCAGAACAAGAGUGACAUGUCUGAUAUCAGCAUGUUGAUGGGGAUUGGUGAAGAAAUGAGAAAAUGUUUAUGGAGGCCGGUGCCUUAUCCUGUAGUCACAGCUUGUACGUGUAAAUGCAAAUGAUUGCUUUACUCAGUGGUGCUUCAGGAAUAUUUACUCUUAGAAAUGUAAUGCCUAGACAUUAAUUUUACUUUUGACUUUUCAUAUAGUUUUUUUUUUUCAAAUCAAAUUAUUUCACAUCAAUCAUUUACUGAUUAUUUUCUUACAAUGCAGUAUUUUUUAAUUACACCACAAUACUGGCACCACUAUUUCACCAUAUUAGUUUAUUAGUUUUGUUCAUCAAGUCAUGGAUUUUAAAAAUCUGUUCCAAUCUUGAUAAUCCCUCUUGAUAAUGAUUCACUAAAGAUACUUAAAAAUUUGAUGUGUGAAUAUUCUUGAUUUAUUUUCACUUUGACACCAAACAAAAAUAAAAUACA